UCUGUGCAAAAAUACUAUUGACGUUUCAUUUUGGGGGCGGUAUCGCCACUUCAUUAUUGUACCGAAUUCUAAUAAAAAAUGAGAUAAUUUAGCUUUUUCCUGUAAUUCGAGUAUAAUAAAAUAUUUCAUAUAACUCAUGUCACUAUCUGCAGUACCGUAGGUCUAAAUCAAGAUGAUUGGGGGCCUGUUCGUGUACAACCACAAGGGCGAAGUCCUGAUCUCGCGGGUGUACCGCGACGAUAUAGGGCGGAAUGCGGUGGACGCCUUCCGAGUGAAUGUUAUUCAUGCGAGGCAGCAAGUGCGCUCGCCUGUCACCAACAUCGCAAGGACUUCAUUCUUUCAUAUCAAGCGUGCCAACAUCUGGCUGGCCGCCGUCACCAAGCAGAAUGUGAACGCUGCUAUGGUGUUUGAGUUCCUGCUGAAGAUCAUAGAUGUGAUGCAGUCAUACUUCGGCAAGAUCUCCGAGGAGAACAUCAAGAACAACUUUGUGCUCAUCUAUGAGUUGCUUGAUGAAAUCUUGGACUUUGGCUACCCUCAGAACUCCGACACAGGUGUUCUGAAGACUUUCAUCACCCAGCAGGGCAUCAAGUCGGCUUCUAAAGAGGAACAAGCUCAGAUAACUUCACAAGUGACUGGGCAGAUAGGAUGGCGCCGAGAGGGCAUCAAGUACCGGCGCAACGAAUUAUUCCUGGAUGUAUUGGAGUAUGUCAACCUGCUCAUGUCUCCACAAGGUCAAGUGCUGUCAGCCCACGUUGCAGGCAAGGUGGUGAUGAAGUCAUACUUGUCAGGCAUGCCUGAGUGCAAGUUCGGUAUCAAUGACAAGAUUGUCAUGGAAGCUAAGGGAAAGGGCAAUGGAGGUAUAUCAGGCAACACAGACAGUGACCCAGCUCGGUCGGGCAAGCCUGUAGUAGUGAUUGAUGACUGCCAGUUCCACCAGUGUGUCAAGCUCAGCAAGUUCGAGACUGAGCACUCCAUCUCAUUCAUACCGCCUGACGGAGAGUUUGAGCUGAUGAGAUACCGCACCACCAAGGACAUCUCCCUACCAUUCCGAGUGAUCCCUCUCGUCAGAGAGGUGGGACGCACCAAGAUGGAGGUCAAAGUGGUGCUGAAGAGCAACUUCAAGCCGUCCCUCCUCGGACAGAAGAUUGAAGUCAAGAUCCCCACUCCGUUGAACACAAGCGGAGUACAGCUGAUAUGUCUGAAGGGGAAAGCCAAGUAUAAAGCCUCAGAGAAUGCUAUUGUUUGGAAGAUCAAACGCAUGGCUGGUAUGAAGGAAACCCAGCUGUCGGCUGAGAUUGAACUCCUGGAGACGGAUACCAAGAAGAAGUGGACCCGACCACCCAUCUCUAUGGGCUUCGAGGUGCCAUUCGCACCUUCUGGUUUCAAGGUCCGUUACUUGAAAGUAUUCGAACCUAAACUGAACUACUCCGACCACGAUGUGAUCAAAUGGGUGCGAUACAUCGGCCGCUCCGGACUCUACGAGACACGAUGCUAAACGAUAAACGAUUACAAUGAAUUGCACGAGCAAAGUGGUUGAAAGGACAUAGUAAUGGCGUGUUACAUAAUAUAUUUUGUAUAUAAUUUCACAUCACCCCAGAGAUUCCUUCUAUGAGUUAUAUUUUUUUAUUUUCCAACGUAAGUAUAGAAUAUGUUUAUGCUCACCUCUGUAUGCGUACAUACCAUGUUUUUAUAUCAUUGCAAUAUUUCAUAAUAAAAAAUGUAAAGUAUGAAUUAUUGGAUAAAAUAAUCACGUCAUUUUUAAUUAAUUUUCUACGUAUUUUAUUGGAAUUUUAGACAGAGGCCUCUUGUUAUUAGUAUUUUGAGAUACUUAUUAGAUUACUCGUUCGGCUAGCUCUAAGCUAUAAUGUUAUGGUUUUCCAAGCCGUAUAUACAAAGACAGCGAGACAAGGCUUUUAGGCCUUAUCUGAGAAUACUAUGGCCUAUUUCUUAGCCAAUCCAACUUCAUAUUUGACACCCUUCUGUCUAAAAUUCUAAUUAAAAAAAAGUAUCAAGAUUUAUUCGACAUUAUUAUAAAAUAGUAAUUUUUCAAAUAAGUUUUUUAUGUUUGUACAUUAUGUCAUUAUUUUCGAAUCUCAUACGUAUACUAUAACGCUUGCUUGUAUCAUUCGCUCCCUACCAACGGAUCUUUUGCGUGAAUAUAAAUUAAAUUAAUAAUCCUUUUAAGACAAAUAUAUCACUAAAAUAACCUUGUUUUCACAGUAACGUUAAUUUCCUAAAAAUACUCUAAAAUCUAACUAUAAAAUAUUUGUAUGAAAAUAAAUCGAAACUGUUAAGAAUUUAUAUAAGACCAUGUAUAAUUUCAAUAAUAACCUAAGAAUUAGCAGCUAUGAAGAAAUAGCUCAAAAUAUACGUUUUUGAAAAACUAGCACGCAUAAGGUUUACUAUACCAUUCCUACAUCUAAUGCUUUGUUCCAACACAUAAUAUAUGUAUAUUUAGUAAAUAAUAUAAUAAUAUAUAUAUUCUACAUUUAGAAUAUCUCUAUAAUAUGAAGUUAUGUAAUGUUAGGUAAUCAAUAGUAUUAAAUGUUAGAAUUAGAUUGGGGAUCGGCCACGAAUUAUGUUUUGAUGAGUAUCCACUUCUCGUUCAAGUUCCACGAUUAAGACCGUAGAACAUUUACGUAAUACUUAUGAUCAGUUUAAUAUAUUUCUUUUUAAAAGGUAUAUCUUUUAUAUACUUAAUACACUUGUUGAAUGAAUCUAUUGUUUCUUUGGUUAAAUGAAAUGAAUAAGUGUGGCUUUAAUCUCAUGCUACACGCGACCAAAUAUAUUCUAAGUGCAACUUAGAACCACGUGACAACAGAUUUCAGACCGAGACAAUCGCUAGCGUUGUCUCAUCUCUCAUAAUUAGUGGACGAUCCCUGUUUAUUAGAUUUUAUGAAUGAAUGGUAAAAAUUGGAAUUCAUAGUUAAUAUUUCUAAACCUGGUACAUGUUUCGAAAUUGUUCAUGUGAACUGGCGUGCAAAGAAACUGUUGAUAUUUUUAUCACCAGACAUAACUUUUUUUGUAUGUAAAAUGAUCUAAUAAUUUGUAUGUAAUAAAAGAAUAUGAUGGAUAAUGCAAUAAUACUAUUUUUGUCAUGAGCAAAAAAAGAGUUAUUUUUAUUUAAAAAUGUUAAAACGACUUUACGCUUUUGAUAAUUUUCAAUCGUUUAGGUAUAUUAUUUUGUAAAUAGAUGCGACAGUUUGUUUGCACACGAGAGUAAUUGCGUGCUGUUAUAGGGAAUGCUUAUUAUGUAUCGUGUUACAAAAACAAUGUACAAUAAAUGGUAAAAAAUA